UUUGACGCUGUCCUUACGUCUAAAUUUAGUCGUGCUCGAGCAACCUCCGACUGUAAACAAUUCGAGUCUGGUGUAUUUCUUUGCAUGAAAUGCUUUAAUUGACCAGCUACCGUACGACGUCAUACGGGAUGUGAAGAAAUUUGAAAGCGCAAGAGGCGCUGGUGCAACUUGAUAACUUUAAUAAUUCUUCCGCGAGUUACAUUGUAGCCACUGCCGCGAAAUAAACAUGUCGGAGCCCAGUGGGAAAAGAUUAAAAACCAACCUGCCGAUCUGUAAGAUGCACCGUGUAUUUGUCGGUAGUAAAGUUAAGCAGAAUCUCCCAGCAGUCGUGGAGGAGAGUCUCUGUGGCGUUUCGACCUUAAUUAUGGAAAUCGCUUAUAGACUUCAAGCACUGGGAAAGAUAUUUGAACAGGAUAACUUGGCCCUUCCUAGAGUUGCGAGCUUCUUCCAACUGGAGUCGGAGAGGGAGCAGGAACAGGCAGAAGCCAUGCUCCAGUAUCUGAAUGAGCGUGGAGGACAGUACUGCAACAAAGACAUCAAGAGACCCGGUAGUGAGGCAGUGUGCGGUCUGCUCCCUGCCCUGGAGCUGAUGCUGGCGCAGUGGAAGGAGGAGAUGGCCGUCAUGAUGGAGCUCUCCCAGCUCGCCCGCGAACACGGCGACCCUCACUCCGCCAGCGUGGUCAAGCACCGCUUCCUGACUCCGCUCGUCCCCAAGGUCAAGCUGAUCGGCGACCUCUUGACCAACGCCCGGAGAAUGGGCUGUACGGCCGACGGAGCCGGCGGCUACGGGGAAUACCUGAUCGACCAGCUCCAGGAAGAACUGACCUCCAACGCUUGAGCUCCCUCGGUUCCUGCUCCUCUCAGAUGGGUGCAUGUUUAGGCCCCAUCUGGAUCCUGCUCCUCUGUGCCUCAUUCUCUAGUGUCUCUGUUCAGCCAAGGGAAGUUUAACCUGUAACGUGUCCGCUUGAUGUAAAGUGUUUGGUAGAGAGUGCUUUGUGACCUGUACAGUAGGUCUUGUAGAGAACUUUUAUAUGGGCUGACCUGUCAGUAUUUGUUUGGGAAAGGCAGGCCCGUUUGGAAUAGUAGUAGAAUGUAUGGAAUUGCACUCCUAGUGAAUACACUGUUCCUAUGGCCUUUGUGAAUAGUUUCUCCUGAACUUUGUUGAUCCAAAGAUAUUUCCCUUUUGAAAUUAUUUUUCAGUAAAAUAAUAUAUGAUCAUACACAUUUGUAGACCAGCCAUCACUCCAUUUGUUUGACAUGCCAUACAUUGUCAGACCACAGUAUUUACAUCCAUAGUCACAUUGACACAUUAUGCAUCUGUAAGAAAUACUGUCACAGAAGUAGAGACUAAAAAUCGUCCUAUAGGUCCAGUAGUGGGAACGGGCGUACUAUGCACUGUUUUUUGAGAACAUGUAAAAAAAAAAAAACUGACGUGUACGAUCUUUGGGUAACAGAGUGUUGUGGCAAGGCCUUUGUCUUGUCAUUUUAUUGUGUUUACUGUUGUUGAUCCUUCACAGUAUUGUCUCUAUUUUGAUGAGUUUUGAAAGACUGUUACAAAACAUUUUGAAAUAAAGUUUUCAAUUCAGAA